CAGAAGAUAAUUUGAAAGUCAUCCUGACCAAUAACCAAGUGACUCCACCCUCAGCUUUGUGUUAAAGCAAGCUUAUAUUAGCUGGAGACUGUACACUAGUCAGUGUAUCCCAUUCAAGCUCUCCGUAGGACAGCUUUGGUCUCCAUCAUGCCUUCUGCUGGACUUGAGAUUCUUGGUGUUACCCUGGCUGUUUUAGGAUGGAUCUCUGCCAUUGUCUCUUGUGCUUUACCCAUGUGGAGGGUAUCAGCAUUCAUCGGGGUGAACAUAGUGACCGCUCAGAUCACAUGGGAGGGCAUCUGGAUGAACUGUGUGGUCCAGAGCACUGGCCAAAUGCAGUGCAAAGUGCAUGACUCCAUGUUGGCUUUGAGUGGGGACCUCCAGGCUGCCCGUGCCCUCACUGUCAUCUCUAUAGUCCUGGGCAUUGUAGGUGUGAUGGUGUCGAUAAUGGGGGCAAAGUGCACCAACUGUGUGGACCAGGAGGUGGUUAAAGCUAGGGUGAUGAUAGCAGCAGGAGCUUGCUUCAUCAUAGCUUCUCUGAUGGAGCUGAUCCCAGUGUCUUGGUCAGCACAUACAAUCAUCAUGGAGUUCUACAACCCAGUGACACCUGAGGCGCAUAAGAGGGAGAUAGGAGCAGCGCUGUAUUUGGGAUGGGCCGCCACUGCCUUCCUUCUGAUUGGUGGGAUCAUCUUGUGCUCCAGCUGCCCACCACAGACUGAGAAGAGGUACAGGCCUCCAUCCAAAGUAGUGUACUCUCAAACACGGUCAGUGGCCCCGAGUUAUCCUGAGAGGAGAGACUAUGCAACAUCCCUCUUACAAGUGUCACGCACAUUCAGGACUACAGGAAGAAGACUGCUGUUCAGGAUGUCCAUAGGUCUGGAGCUGAUUGGCAUUUCUUUGUGCAUUUUGGGAUGGAUUAUUGCCAUUGUUGCUUGCGCUCUUCCCAUGUGGAGAGUUACUGCCUUCAUUGGCAGUAACAUAGUAACAGCGCAGAUCAUAUGGGAGGGUUUGUGGAUGACCUGUGUGGUCCAAAGCACAGGGCAGAUGCAGUGUAAAGUGUACGACUCCAUGCUGGCCCUGUCUCAGGACCUCCAGGCUGCUCGGGCACUCACGGUGAUCUCCAUUCUCCUGGCCAUCUUAGCUGUGCUCAUUGCCAUUGCUGGAGCCAAGUGCACCAACUGCAUUGAUGAUGAGGCAUCCAAGGCCAAAGUUAUGAUCAUUUCCGGAGUAUUUUUCAUUGUCUCAGGCGUCAUGCAGCUCAUCCCAGUGUGCUGGUCAGCUAACACCAUCAUCAGGGACUUCUACAACCCUCUCCUGACAGAUGCUCAGAGGAGAGAGCUGGGAGCUGCACUGUAUAUUGGAUGGGCAGCAGCAGCUCUCCUGAUCCUGGGAGGGGGACUGCUGUGCUGCUCCUGUCCACCGCGAGAGACACGGUACAACCCAUCUCGAAUGGCCUAUUCAGUGCCUCGGUCUGCAGGGGGGCCAGCUUUAGAGAGGAAAGACUAUGUGUAAAAUGGAACAUACAGAACAGACAUUGUUUAAACCUUAUCUCUGACUGAAAAGUAAUGAAAAAAGACUCACUGUGAAGGAUGAUAGUGA